AAGAAAAAUUAUAAAAAACCCAAUCAGCCAAACUUCGUCAAUUGUCCUUCGGCAGCAGAGAGCAGCAUCUCCGUUCUGCUCUCUGCCUUUCAAUCAAAAUAGAUGCAAUCAUUAAGAACUUCUCCGAUCAUGAAGAGACCAAGAACCAUUCCUUCAGCCCCAUCAACCCCACCAUCCCCACAAAUUCUCCAAUCCAAAAAGACCCCAACUUUAAGAUCAUUCUCUUCUAUAAAACCAAGAAAUAUUCUAACAAAUCCAACACCAACAACAGAGCAAUACCCCAAAUGGAUACCCCUCAACUUAUCAAGAUCAGAACUUUACUUGCCCCUCACCUUCCCAACUGGCCAAACCUUCAGGUGGAAACAGACUGGGCCCAUUCAGUACACUGGUGUUGUUGGUAGGUCCCACUUAGUCUCACUGAAACAGCUUGACAAUGGUGAUGUUGGAUACCAUUUCCACUGCACUACCUCUGAGGUUGCUGCUUCUAGGGAGGAAGCCCUUGUUGAUUUUCUCAAUGUGGGUAUUUCUUUAACUGAGGUUUGGGAGAGUUUUAAGGUUUCUGAUUCAAGAUUUGCUGAGUUGGCUACACAUUUGGAGGGUGCUAGAGUCCUAAGGCAAGACCCACUUGAGUGCCUCAUUCAGUUUAUUUGCUCAUCUAAUAAUAAUAUCAAGAGAAUUACCAUGAUGGUUGAUUUUGUUUCGUCGUUGGGGAAUUACUUGGGAGAUGUUGGAGGUUUCAAGUUUUAUGAGUUCCCUUCACUUGAAAGGUUGGCAAUGGUUUCUGAACAAGAGCUAAGAGCUGCUGGUUUUGGCUACAGGGCCAAAUAUAUUGUUGGCACGGUGGAGGCAUUGCAAUCAAAGCCUGGUGGAGGUACAGAGUGGCUGGCUGCACUUCGUAAGUUGGAUCUUCCCGAGGCCAUUGAUGCUCUGUGCUCUCUACCUGGUGUUGGUCCUAAGGUCGCAGCAUGUAUUGCUCUCUUUUCUCUUGAUCAGCACCAUGCUAUUCCUGUUGAUACUCAUGUGUGGAAGAUCGCGACCAAGUACCUCCUCCCUGAGCUAGCAGGAACCAGUCUUACACCUAAACUUAGCAAUCGUGUAGCAGAUGCUUUUGUGAGGACAUAUGGAAAAUAUGCUGGUUGGGCCCAAACUCUGCUUUUCAUUGCAGAACUACCUUCGCAGAAAGGACUCUUGACAUCAAGCCUUUUGAAUUCUACGGUAGAGAAGUCUCCUAAAUCCAAAAAAAGACAGCGUGGGAUCACAGAGAUCCCUAUAGAGUGAUACGACGUGCUUGUGUUUUCAUGCUCAAAGUUGGACUUAAUCUACGUGCAGAGCUGAUGAAGACUGUUCUUUCUAGUUCUUACCAUCUGAGGUAUCAAAAUUAUCAUGAUACAUAUGUAUUUGGAGAUUUCUACUUGAAGAACUGUUAGGUUAACUAGCACCUUAAGUUUUCUAACAUCUGCCAGAAGAUGCUGCACUCCUCCUUUGCGGCCAGGAAAAAAUAUUGGUUACUGCUGAUGGAGAAAUUCUAAUUAUCUGCUUUUUCUGGCACCUGUUCUUUCUUGAGGUUUUCUUGGCAAUGAUAAUGUCUUUAUUAAUUAAUUAACAAUUCCUUUACAGGCAUGACAAAAUGUGUCUAGCAGAGUAGCAGGUGAGCAUUUUGCAUGAGCAUGAAGUCGUUGUACCAUAAUUCUUUGAUUGGUAGUGACUAGCAACCUAAAUUUUGUAAGUUGGGUCUUUGUUGGUCUGUUUUGUUAUUUCCAAAUUUGGACAUUCAGGCGGCUAAAGUUUCACAUAUUUGAAAUGUGGACUUCCUUUUGUAAGAACGUAUUAAUUUGCAUUAACAGCAUAUCGUGUGUUAAAUUGGUUGACA